AUGGCCUACAACAUGCCCCCCGCGACGCCCCAGCGCCCUGGACCCGGCGCGUUCAUUAAUACUCCUGCGCCCAACCGGCCAAACCUGCAACGCCAAUCCUCCAUGUCGCAAUCACAGUCGCAGCCGCCGCAGCAGCAACAACAACAACAACAACAACAACAAGCGUUGCCUGCGCCGCCAGUAGAGAGCCCGAUCGAGCGCGCGGCGCGUACGAUAAACAUCAUGCUGGACAGAGACAAUCGGUACCCGUCUCUAGAAGGAUACAUCGGACCUGGCGUUGAGGUGCUAAUGAAGGCCACAGAGGGCAUUUCUGGCGAGUACGAGCUCUCAAGCUCCACAGCCUGGGCGCCAUUCCAGAAACUACGAUCCUACCGACUCCCCGAUGCCGUCUUUGAGCAGGUCGACCACACGCAAAUGUCCAUGAGCAUGGGAUUGUUCGCAGAGAUAAACCACGCCUGGGUCGUGGUCGACAACCAGGUUUACCUCUGGGACUACACGCACCCUAACCCCGAACUUGUCGGCUUCGAAGAGCAACCGAGCAACAUCACGUGCGUCAAGCUGGUCAAGCCACGCGCCGGUGUCUUUGUGGCUACGAUUGAAUACCUGCUCGUCGUCGCAACCGUUACCGAUGUCUUCCUGAUCGCUGUCGAGUGCCAACGAGGCCCAGAAGGAGUUCAUAGCGUCACCCUGUACCGGACAGGCCUUUCAACCUCUGUGAGGAGGAUAAAUGUCACCACUAUUGAGGGUUCGGCACGAACGGGGCGCAUAUUCUUCGGCGACGGCGGCACAGAGGACGUAUACGAGCUGAACUACCAGCAAGAAGACAGGUGGUUCUCCAGCAAAUGCAGCAAGACGAACCACGUUUCACCGACGGUUGGCCUGCCUGCGCUGCCAUUUUAUGGCAAGUCCACCCAAGUGGGUACGCAGUCCAUGGUCAUUGACGAUACCCGGAGUCUCCUGUACACACUAUCUACAACUGGCACGAUCAAGGUGUACCACAUGAGAGCGCCUUCGUCUUUAGAAUGUGUCAUUACCAGGACACUGGUCAGCAUACAAACCAUGUGCAUGCACCUCGUACGACAGCCGAACGUACUCGCCAACAUGGUCAUUGUCAGUCUUAGUCCCAUCACAAGUCCGGAAGCGGACUUCAUGUCUUUGAUGGCAACAACAUCAACAGGCUGCAGAUUGUAUUUCAGCACCACCUCGGGUACCUGGAACUCGGACAGUUCCAGCGCACCAAGUAACAUGCAGCUCAAGCAUAUUCGCUUCCCACCCAACGACGCGCAAUCAUCGCAACAGGUCAAUGGCGCACCGGCACAACCGUAUCAAGGUGGCGCUCCGGUCGGAUUUGACUCCAAGUUUCUCGAACUGACCACACUUGGAAACAGAUAUGCACCAGGAUCGUUCUUUGCUUUUGUCGCAAAGAGUGGCAGUGUCAACCAGUCGCUCUUUAUGUCCGCCCCACAUUCCGGCCUCCUAGGACAACGGGAAAGCUCCGAACCUCCACGGUACACCGAGACGGCCAUAGCUCUCGAACUUGUUGGCAAGGUGCAGGAUAUUGGCCAAGUCACACCACCAUUCUCCGCAAGAAGCGAACCCCUAGGCUUUGGAAAUGAGCUCUCCACCCAAUUCGAUCAGCCCUCCUCCGAGUACGCAAUCAUAACGUCCAGCGGAAUCGAGACUGUGCGCCGGAAAAGACUCGUCGACAUCUUCGCUGCGAUCAUCAAGCAGGGUGGAGGACAGGAGGGUACCGAAGGUGAUAUUCGCAAGCUCGCUAAGCAGUAUGGUUUGGCUGAGACUGCUGCAACAGCUCUCGCUGUAGCAUGCGGUCAAGGAUCGGACGUCGGACCCGACUCUCGAAUCGCAAAGGUUACAGAACCCGAAGUGCUCGAUAUGGCUCGCAGAGUGUUCAUCGAAUUUGGAGGAAAGGCGCACUUGACCGAGAGCGCAACUGUGGAAGGUCUGAGUGUGGAAAAUGUGCGGGCCUCACCAAGACAUGAUGGUAUUGCCAUGUACGUCGCUCGCCUGAUCCGCUCCAUCUGGACCUCGCCCAUCAUCACACAAGUCGUAACGCCGACUGGACCGGUUCUUGCAUCAGCACAGGCGGUCCCGAAACUCCAGGACAUCCAACGAUCUCUUGCGCAACUCCAAGAAUUCCUCGACUCAAACAAGUCUUCGAUCGAAGGCCUCGCUGGGCCAGAAGCUCUUGGACGGGCAACAUCACGACAAGAGGAGGUUGAACUCCAGGGCGAGAACAGAGCUUUGACUAGUCUGUUGGCCAUGGUCAAUAACAUUGUCGAGGGCAUUUCAUUUGUCUUGGUGCUCUUCGAAGAGAGGCUCGAAGAUAUUCUUGCGUUACUCCCGGAUCCUCAGAUGCAAGAGAAGGUGCGCCGUUUAACCUUCCAAGGCCUCUUCUCCGCGCACGAAGGCAAGGAGAUUGCACGGGAGCUUGUCAAGGCCAUUGUGAACCGCAACAUUACCAAAGGAUCGAAUGUCGAGACGGUUGCGGAAGCUCUGCGGCGGAAGUGUGGCAGCUUCUGCAGCUCUGAUGACGUGGUCAUCUUUAAGGCCCAAGAAAACCUGAAGAAGGCUGCCGAUAUGGGUGCCAAUGCAGAGCGAGGACGUAUCUUACUCAAUGACAGUCUGAGGCUGUUCGAGCAAGUAGCGAAGAGCUUGAGCUACGAGAACCUCAACUCAACCGUGGACAAGUACAUUGAGCUCGAAUUCUAUGCUGACCUCGAUCGCGGGAACAAGGCCCUUUCUUGGGUCAGAGAGAAGAAUGACCCUACGACAGAUCCCAACGACGUCCGAAGAGACUUCUACGACCGCCGUGCUUCAUGCUACACUCUGAUAACGCGACGCAAACACGAGGCAUACGAGCAGAUCAACAACUCAGACGACGAGGUGUUUCAAAACUACCUCUACGAUUGGUACAUGUCCAAGGGAUGGGCGGAGCGGCUCCUGGAGAUCAACUCGCCUUUUGUCGUCGAUUACCUGCGUCAAAGUGCGGAGAAGGAUCUUGCGCACGCCGAUCUUUUGUGGCGCUACUUUGCGCACUACAACGACUUCCUCAGUGCUGCCGAGACACAAUACCAGCUCGCUAAGAGCAACUUGCCAUUGACCCUGGAGAAGCGGAUAGAGUACCUUUCACGCGCCAAAGCAAAUGCUUCCACGCGCAUGACCGGAUUCACGGAAACUGGUGUUCGCAACAGGCAGUCAAGACAAGAGCUCUUGCGCAACAUCAGCGACCAUUUGGACAUUGCAAAUAUCCAGGAUGAUGUCCUGCAGAAAAUCAAAGCUGACAAUCGUCUCGAUGGCGAGCGGAGGUCCCAAGUGGUUUCGCUCCUGGAUGGGUCAAUUCAACCAUUAGAUGAGCUCUACCACAACUACGCGGAUCAAGCAGCCUACUACGACAUCUGUCUGCUAAUCUAUCACGUUGCCGACCACCGCAAUAUCCCAGACAUCCGCCACACAUGGUCCAACCUCAUUGAACAGGUGCACAAGUAUGCAGUUCACGACCAGCAGGCCGCACCGUGGGAAGCUGUGGCUAUGAAGGUCGAAGAGAUCGGUCUCCGCACCAACCAGAACGAGAACGUCUUCCCUGUCAACAUUGUUCUUCAGCUUGUGCUGCAGUACGAUCUCGAGUUUUACACUCAUGACACCAACCCGCGUAACGGUGGUGCAUCGCAGGAUCUUGCACCAAAUGCCAACCUCACAUGGCCAAUCGAUGUCUUCCUGAGACUUAAAUCACCCUUUGAGUAUCUUGUUGCUACUCUUGAGGCGUUAUGGUAUGCUCAAGAACACCCAUUCACAGGCCGUAACCGCAAGCUGUUGGUAAAGUGGAUCAUCUACCUAAUAGAGCAAUGGGCUAUCACAAGUAGACGUGCAGGCGCGCUUUUCGGAGGCCCCGAGAACGCAAUUGGUCUCGCAGACCUGUUGCGAGUUGUCUUGGGCAGCGACGUCCUGGGCCGCGAAGUCGAUGAUCAAGUAUGGGUACAGCGAGCGAGGGAUGUAGCUGCGGCGGUCGAUGAGGCCGCUCGUUAA